UCGUGCUUGUCUCACCGUUGACGAUUCUGUUUGCGUAUUAGCUUGCGCGGUUCACAACUACCUCAGGUACAUUGCCUGACUAACUAACAGUGACGUAAUAUUGACGCAGUUGUCUAAUUAUAGCACUGCGUCCGGAACCCCGACCCGGAGCUCCCGGAGCUCGAGGCGUGCGUGGGUAGUUGUCCGAUGAGUUCCGAGUAUUGGCGGGUAACUUCAGGUUGUCAGAGUGGCGACAAUUGGCGCAAGAUCUUGGUUUACUUCAUCAAAAACCGUCGACAUGGAUCCGGACAAGACUGCUGAUACAUUUAUCAGCUCUAUUGACCCGGGACUAUUGCCUUAUAAAAAAGAACUCUUUAGAUUAGCCGUUACGAGUAUGCAGACUUUGAAAUUCCUCCGGCCAUGGGAGGUUAGAGGUAUGGAUAUUCCGGAUGUGUACAAACGCAUGCUUAUCAGCAAAAUUCUGAAUCUACAGACCCCCGAAACUAAACUAAAAAUGAAAGAUGAAAUUGACACUCGGAGUCCCAAAGUGAAACAGCCUAAAAAGUUGCAUUUUUCAAAGAAAAUUAACGAUCGCGUGCAUGAUGAUAACCCGGUGACGGAGACUGACAUGGCCGCCAUAUCGGGCAUGGACCCAUCUGAUGGAGAAUGCACACCUGCCAAAAAACCAUUUAUCGACACUGAAAUCGGCAAAUUAGAGGACGAGAGAGAGACGUUCACUAUUUUACUUGUUCACAAAAAAAAUGAACUGAAAGACAUGCGGACACCUCCAAUAGAACCACUGGCACCAUUACCAGCCCAUAGAGGGGUACUUACGAAAACAAUGUGUGAUAGAUGUCAUCGACGAGGCCACAAGGCACACGGCAACAGGGGAGGGGAGUCGUGUCCAUACGAUAUUUGUGAGGGUUUCAAGCAUUGCGGUAACCUCCACAAACACAAGGAAUACAAACAAGCCAUUAUGGAGAUGGAAAAAGAAAUUGGUAAUUUGGAGAAAGAACUACAUAGCAAUGAGGACAGAAUAAAGAGCCUGAAAACUUUCCUCGAGACCAAUACAACAAAUUUCGUCCGGCAAGUUCGACCUCAACUGCAGUUGAAAAAUAAGUAUAUCGGAAAGGAAGGCUUGCAGAAAUUGCUUAAAGAUGUUCGAUUUCUUAAAAUUGCCACAAAUGGCAAAAUACCGCCAAAUUUGCACAGCAUGUCUGCUGAAGAACUUGACGAUUUAAUAGCUAAAGGCAAAAUGCAAGUAUCAUCAAAAUUUGAGGUAAAAGAUGUCUCCACAGAAGGUACCACUCCGCAGCUGCAGCUCCCAUCUCAAGCAGGCACCCCCCAUCAAUGGCAGUGUACACCUCAACAGCCAACGACAGUAGGUUCACAGCCUAUACAUUCGAUGUGGCCGGCCAUAUAUCCAUAUUCUCCAAUAAGUUUGAACACUCCAGUAAGUCCAUACAACAGUGCUAUGUAUGAUGUAUAUGGUGGAUCUCCGCAGUUUUCUUCACCAUAUCAUGGUUAUAACAUGUGGUGUCCUCGUCCCUACGGGAGCAGCAGUACUGUGUCAACACCCCCACCAGAAUUGGAAAUAUUCCCUCCAUUACCCAAAGAAAACCCACGUGCACCAAGUCCAUUGCCUCCACUGCCCGAGGGAGGAACAUCACCUCCAUCCUCACCUGUGCAUGUACAUUUAUCUUGAUGAACUGAACAAAAACCUGUUAUUCCCCACUUGUGUUCAACAUCCUGGUCGGAUAUGUAAUACUCGGGACAUGGUUCAAUUGUUUUGAUUCUUAUAAUUUUAACUUGUAUCAGUAAUACAGCAAAACUUUUUCAUAGUUAAAUAAAUGCGUGUUGUUGAAGACAUUUUACAACUGACUGUAAAACAAGGUAUAAACAGUUCACAUCAGAAAUAUUCAUUAACUUUGAAAGUUGAUUUUAUCUGUUGAUAUUUUGGUUGAUAAUAUGUACCAAAUUGGUUACAUUCAAGUGAUGUUCAACACUGAUUAAAUU